AAAGUGAAAGAGGUACAGACUCCCAGCUGGCUACUGUAAGGGAAAUCGCGUGUUUAAUUAACACUAUAAGUAACACGUUUAACCCAGUAUAGCUGCGACUGGACGAGGAUGGAUAACAGCAAGAGGACUGUGAUAGUUACCGGGUUUGGGCCUUUUGGAGAGCACACAGUCAAUGCCAGCUGGGUGGCAGUGCAGGAGCUGAAGAAGCUGGGCCUGGGACAGGAUGUGGACCUGCAUGUGCACGAGGUGCCUGUGGAGUACCAGACCGUCCAGAGCCUGGUACCAUCACUAUGGGAACGAUACCAUCCACAGCUGGUGGUCCAUGUGGGCGUGUCAGGAAUGGCCACCACCAUCACCUUGGAGAAAUGUGGACAUAACCACGGCUACACAGGCCUGGACAACUGCAGCUUCUGCCCCGAUACUAAGUGCUGUGUAGAUGGCGGGCCUGAAUGCAUUGACUCCGUCAUCGACAUGGACUCUGUCUGCAAGAGGGUGUCAACCUCGGGGCUGGGCGUGGCGGUGUCCGUGUCCAAAGAUGCUGGCAGGUACCUGUGUGACUACACCUACUACACCUCUCUGUACCUGAGCCAGGGACGCUCCGCCUUCAUCCACGUGCCUCCGCUGGGGAAGCCGUACAGCGGGGAGGACCUGGGCCGGGCCCUGCAGGCCAUCGUCCAGGAGAUGCUAGAGCUGCUGGGCCAGGCCGAGGACACCAUCCCCUGUGAGCACGAACACUGAGAGGGACACGCCCCCUCGCGCCUGCACCAUGGCAACAAACCCCGCCCCAAAGCCCAGAGGGAUCGCACUUAAACACAACCAGUCUGAAUAACUGUGAUGUCAUUUUGGCCUUGCCCACACACGGCCGUCCAGUCCUCACGCACACAGUGGUGUGGCCCAGGAGGGAGCAGCCGAACCGAAGCAGCAUUCCUGGGCUGUGUGGCUUCUAUUCUUUCUUUCUUCUUUGUUUGCUCACUGAAUGUCUUAUUUUUGGUCUGUGCUGCACCCAUGUUUUUCUAGUUAUAGAGUUUGUAAAUUGCUGCAGGGACCUUUUUAGUACCUUUCCUUAAACUUCUGGACUCUCAGCAACCAAUCUUAGGCAAUCCAAAUUUUACACUGCAUUUCACGUUCUGCCCGAUAUUUUCAUUUGCUCUAUGUCUUGCUCCUCAGUCCAGUGAUCAGAGAUUUUCUUUCUUUUUUGUAGUUCAAAGGAAUUCACUUGAAAAGUGAGCUAUAGAAUUCUUUGUGGAAACAUGGGUGGAAUUUUUAAGUAAUUCUCAAGUGUGCACAUCUCAAG